CCAUUAUGGGAAAGGCUCCCAAAUAGCCCUGAAGCUUUUGGUCCUGGAGAUUAGCCGCUGGCGUGCUCGGCUCCCGGCAAAGGGCAGGGAUCCGUCGGCACAGUGGUGCCCAGGGCGAUGAACGGGGCUGGGAGCUGCUCUGAGGGGCAUCGCCUGGGUGGCUGAGGAUGACCAUGUGGGAGCGGGUCAGGAGAGCUUUGCUGAACUCGCUGUCCACGACCUUCCUGCACAUCUGGAAGUGGGUAGCGGCUUUCUGGCGUAAAAAUGGCCUCUUGACCCUAUCGAUGCUGUCGGUUGCCACCGGGUGCCUCCUGGGGUUCCUGCUGCGGGCGCUGGAGCUGACGGAGCUGGAGAAGCAGUACUUUUCCUUUCCUGGAGAGCUCCUCAUGAGGAUGUUGAAGAUGCUGAUCCUGCCCUUGAUCACCUCUAGCCUCAUGUCCGGGCUGGCCACGAUGGACUCCAAGGCCUGCGGGAAGAUGGGGAUGAUCACCAUCACCUACUACCUUUGGACAACCUUCAUGGCAGUGACUGUCGGGAUCAUCCUCGUGGUCAGCAUCCACCCCGGCGCAGCUGCCCAGAAGGAUGACUACUCUGUGGGGAAAGUGGUGCUCAGCUCCGCUGAUGCGUUACUGGAUUUAAUCAGAAACAUGUUUCCUUCUAACCUGAUCGAAGCUUCAUUCCAGCAGUAUCGAACUGUUCUUGUCCCAGUGGUGAAGUCUCCCGGCUUUCCAAAGAUCCCAGGAAAAUCUCUCAGUUUUAUUUACUUUGCACCCGAUGAUGAAAACCCUGAAAUUCAUCGGCCUGUGUUCCUCGAGCUGACGCCGUCGCCUGAGAUGACCUACAGGACUCUGCCCGGGACCAGCAAUGAGAUGAACGUCUUGGGAAUCGUCAUCUUCUCAGCAACGAUAGGACUUCUCCUGGGAAAAAUGGGCGAGCGAGGAACACCGCUGGUUAAUGUGUGCCAGUGUCUGAAUGAAGCAGUUAUGAAAAUUGUCUCAAUGGCAGUUUGGUACUUCCCCUUUGGCAUCGUAUUUCUCAUCGCUGGAAAGAUCCUCGAGAUGGGAGAUCCAUCAGUUAUAGGACAGAAACUGGGACUAUAUGCCAUUACAGUAGUGUCAGGGCUAGUCAUCCAUGGACUCGUUCUCUUACCUCUGCUUUUUAUGGUCAUCACCAAGAAAAACCCCUUUGCUUUCAUUCAGGGGAUACUGCAAGCCUUGCUGAUUGCCUUAGCUACAUCGUCCAGCUCGGCAACCCUGCCCAUCACCCUAAAGUGUCUCCUGGAAAACAACGGAAUAGACAGACGCGUGGCACGAUUCGUCCUCCCUGUCGGUGCCACCAUCAACAUGGAUGGCACGGCACUGUACGAAGCAGUUGCUGCUAUCUUUAUUGCCCAGGUCAAUGAAUAUGAUUUGGAUUUGGGACAAAUUAUAACGAUAAGCAUAACAGCAACAGCAGCAAGCAUAGGGGCGGCUGGGAUCCCCCAGUCCGGACUCGUUACGAUGGUCAUCGUGCUGACUUCUGUUGGGCUGCCGACCGACGAUAUCACACUCAUCAUCGCAGUCGACUGGGCUCUGGAUCGAUUUCGAACUAUGACCAAUGUCCUUGGUGAUGCUCUGGCCGCUGGCAUCGUAGCACAUGUCUGCGAGAAAGACUUUGCCCCAAAGUCCCCCACGCAAGAUCCAGUAAGCAACACGGACAAGCUUCCUUCUGUAGAGACCUCACAUCUGCAUCCCAAAGAUAAUGUGAUUGAAAUGAUUGAAGAAACUUUGUUCGAUCAGACAGGAGUUCAUUAUAACAUCUGUCAGGUGUAG